CGCUCCUCCUCCGCUCCGCAGUUUGCGUCUCUCCGGUCGCCUCCGCUCUUCAGUGAGCGGCGGGGCCGCGGCGCGCAGUGUGCCCCGGAGCCGGGCUCCCAGCCCGCCGAGCCGUCGUCGUCCCCCUGCAUGGCGGCCGCGCCGCAGCCCUGAACCGGGGCCCGGGGGGGAGGCGGUGCGGGAGUCGCCGGGGGCGGGUUGGAAGUGGCCCGGAGGCGGUGCCCGCGGCUCUCCCGCCGCGGCAGCAUGGCGCGGGGCGGUGGGCGGCUGGAGGCCGCUGCCCGGGGCCGCCGCCCGCGGGGUCGGGGUGCGCUCGGCCUGCUCUGCCUGGCGCUGCUCUGCGCGCUGGGGGCCGCCGAGGCCGAGUUCUCCAUCCUGGACGAGGCGCAAGUUCUGGCCGCGCAGAUGAGGACGCUCGCCACCGAGGAGCUGGGGGUCGUCACCAUGCAGAGGAUAUUCAACUCCUUUGUGUACACAGAGAAGAUAUCCAAUGGAGAAAGUGAAGUUCAACAGUUGGCCAAAAAAAUCCGGGAGAAAUUUAACCGUUACUUGGAUGUUGUGAAUCGGAACAAGCAAGUGGUGGAAGCAUCAUACACUGCUCACCUCACGUCGCCCUUGACUGCAAUCCAGGACUGCUGUACUAUUCCCCCAUCUAUGAUGGAAUUUGAUGGGAAUUUUAACACCAACGUUUCUCGAACUAUCAGCUGUGAUAGACUGUCUACCACUGUCAACAGCAGGGCCUUCAAUCCUGGACGUGACUUAAAUUCUGUUCUUGCUGAUAACCUGAAGUCUAACCCAGGAAUUAAGUGGCAGUAUUUCAGCUCAGAAGAAGGCAUUUUCACUGUCUUCCCAGCCCACAAGUUCCGGUGCAAAGGCAGCUAUGAACAUCGCAGCAGGCCUGUCUAUGUUUCCACCGUUCGACCUCAGUCCAAGCACAUUGUUGUCAUUGUGGACCAUGGGGCUUCGGUCACGGAGACGCAGCUUCAGAUUGCCAAAGAUGCAGCUCAGGUUAUCCUGAGCUCCAUAGAUGAACACGAUAAGAUCUCCGUGUUAACCGUGGCAGACACAGUAAGAACCUGCUCGCUGGAUCAGUGCUAUAAGACCUUCCUGUCUCCUGCCACUAGCGAGACAAAAAGGAAGAUGUCCACCUUCGUUAGCAGUAUAAAGUCAUCUGACAGCUCCACGCAGCAUGCGGUGGGAUUUCAAAAGGCUUUCCAGUUGAUACGCAAUACAAACAAUGGCACAAAACUCCAAGGAAAUACUGAUAUGGUCAUAAUUUAUCUCUCGGCUGGGAUUACAUCAAAAGAUUCCUCAGAAGAUGAUAAAAAAGCUACUCUCCGGGUCAUCAAUGAAGAGAACAGUUUCCUCAACAACUCAGUUAUGAUUCUUACUUACGCACUUAUGAAUGAGGGAGUGACAGGUUUGAAGGAACUGGCCUUUCUGCGGGACCUGGCAGAGCAGAACUCGGUGAAGUACGGGGUGCCCGACCGAACGGUCCUGCCUGUGAUCAAGGGGAGCAUGAUGGUCCUCAACCAGCUGAGUAACCUGGAAACAACAGUUGGCAGAUUCUAUACGAACCUCCCCAACCGAAUGAUCGAUGAGGCAGUCUUUAGUCUGCCUUUCUCAGAUGAAAUGGGAGAUGGCCUGAUAAUGACUGUGAGUAAACCGUGUUACUUUGGCAACAUGCUGCUGGGGAUUGUUGGAGUAGAUGUUAAUCUUGCUUAUAUCUUGGAAGAUGUCACCUACUACCAAGACUCCUUGGGUUCCUACACUUUCCUCAUUGAUAAUAAAGGAUACACGCUUAUGCACCCAUCCCUUACCAGGCCUUACCUGCUGUCUGAACCACCACUCCACACAGAUAUCAUCCAUUAUGAGAACAUUCCUAAAUUCGAGCUGGUGCGCCAGAACAUCCUUAGCAUUCCCUUGGGCAGCCAGAUCAUUACAGUUCCUGUGAACUCCUCACUCUCUUGGCAUGUGAACAAACUGAGGGAAAUUGGCAAAGAAGCCUACAAUGUCAGCUAUGCCUGGAAAAUGGUCCAGGACACAUCCUUUAUUCUCUGUGUGGUGGUAAUACAGCCAGAAAUACCUGUUAAGCAGCUGAAGAAUCUCAACACAGUCCCCAGCAGCAAGCUCCUGUAUCAUCGACUGGAUCUGCUGGGCCAGCCAAACGCCUGCCUGCACUUCAAGCAGCUGGCUACCUUAGAAAGCCCCACAGUAAUGCUCUCUGCGGGCAGCUUCUCUUCUCCUUACGAACACCUCAGCCAGCCCGAGACCAAGCGGAUGGUGGAGCAUUACACGGCGUACCUCAGUGACAACACGCGCCUCAUUGCCAAUCCUGGCCUGAAGUUCUCUGUCAGAAAUGAAGUAAUGGCUACCAGUCACGUCACAGAUGAAUGGAUGACACAAAUGGAAAUCAGCAUCCUCAACAGUUACAUUGUGCGCCGUUACAUAGCAACCCCCAAUGGGGUGCUCCGAAUUUACCCCGGUUCCCUCAUGGACAAAGCAUUUGAUCCCACCAGGAGACAAUGGUACUUGCAUGCAGUGGCUAACCCAGGACUCAUUACCUUAACUGGUCCCUACUUGGAUGUUGGAGGGGCUGGCUACGUUGUGACAAUCAGUCAUACAGUCCAUUCCUCCAGUGCUCAGAUGUCUUCGGGACAUUCAGUGGCAGUGAUGGGCAUUGACUUCACCCUGCGAUACUUCUACAAAGUCCUCAUGGACCUGCUACCAGUUUGUAACCAAGACGGAGGAAACAAACUAAGGUGCUUUAUCAUGGAGGACAGAGGGUACCUUGUGGCUCACCCAACCCUCAUCGAUCCCAAGGGCCACGCACCGGUGGAGCAGCAGCACAUCACCCACAAGGAGCCUCUGGUAGCGAAUGACAUUCUGAACCACCCCAACUUUGUCAAGAAAAACCUCUGCAACAGCUUCAGUGACAGAACAGUUCAGCGCUUUUAUAAAUUCAACACCAGCUUAGUGGGUGACCUGACGAACCUGGUCCAUGGCAGUCACUGCUCCAAGUACAGGCUGACCCGAAUUCCAGGCACCAAUGCCUUUGUGGGAAUCGUCAACGAGACCUGCGAUUCACUUGCCUUCUGUGCCUGCAGUAUGGUAGACAGGCUCUGCCUCAACUGCCACAGGAUGGAGCAGAACGAAUGUGAGUGCCCGUGCGAGUGCCCUCUCGAGGUGAAUGAAUGCACCGGCAACCUCACCAACGCCGAGAGCAGGAAUCCGAGCUGUGAAGUUCAUCAGGAGCCAAUGACUUUCACAGCAAUUGAUCCCAGCCUGCAGGAUGGACUCCCACAGUGCAUUAACACUCAGUGCAACCAGAAAACAGAGAGCGGGGACUGCUUUGGUGUGUUGGACUGUGAGUGGUGUAUGGUCGACAGCGAUGGGAAGACCCAUCUGGAUAAGUCCUACUGUGCCCCUCAGAAGGAAUGCUUCGGUGGCAUUGUGGGAGCCAAGAGCCCCUACGUGGAUGACUUGGGAGCAAUAGGGGAUGAGGUGAUCACUCUGAACAUGAUCAAGAGUGCACCAGUCGGCCCGGUGGCUGGAGGCAUUAUGGGCUGCAUUAUGGUGCUUGUCCUAGCAGUGUAUGCGUAUCGGCACCAGAUCCAUCGGAGGAGUCACCAGCACAUGUCACCUUUGGCUGCUCAGGAAAUGUCAGUGCGUAUGUCCAACCUGGAAAAUGAUAGGGACGAGAGAGACGAUGACAGCCACGAAGACAGAGGAAUCAUCAGCAACACCCGGUUCAUAGCAGCGGUGAUGGAGCGGCAUGCCCACAGCCCGGAACGCAGGCGCCGGUACUGGGGGCGGUCGGGGACGGAGAGCGACCACGGCUACAGCACGAUGAGCCCUCAGGAGGACAGUGAAAACCCUCCGUGCAAUAACGACCCGCUGUCGGCUGGUGUGGAUGUUGGAAACCACGAGGAAGACUUGGACCUGGACACCCCCCCUCAAACAGCUGCCCUGCUGAGUCACAAGUUUCACCACUACCGGUUGCACCACCCAACUCUCCACCACAGCCACCACUUGCAGGCUGCAGUCACGGUACACACUGUGGAUGCGGAAUGCUGACGGACAGCGAGGAAAGGAGCGUUCACUCCUGAGCCGUGAUCCAUGCAGCCACGGGCAGCUCUGUUCCUGUGCUUUUCCCCAGGGCUGAUUUCACUGACUUCCCAAGUAAACUGUUAGGAAUAAGAGCUUUACAUUUGUACAAAUGUAAGGCUGGCUCUGGAACGGGAGGGAAAUGGGUUGGAUGGAUGGACCUGCCAUCACCUUUAAUAAGGUGGAGCAGGAGGAACGUCAGACCUGCAGAAAGGGACCGUGAGUUUAUAGAGCAGCUGAAGCUUUGGAAGCCCCGUCCUGCUGAGCCAAGAGGAGAGAGCGGGGAAGAGCCAGAGAUGAUUUGGUUUCCUUAACUGGAAGAGCAGGAAUCUGUGCAGCUGAAGCCUAAAGAAGUGCCAGAUAGAGGCACGGGGAGGGGAAGGCUCUUGGUUUCACUGCAGUUCCUUUGGCACGUCGAAAGGACCCUGCUCCGGUUGCUGCAUGGAACCUGGGACAACGCAGCUCAAGAUUUUUAAGGAAAGGAUUAUUUUUCUACUAUUUAUUGAACUGGAAACUCUUGGGGGGAGGGAAGGGAGAAGACAUGUUAGCAAUUCCCAAUGACUGCCACAUAUAUUCUGUGAUGGUGAAGUGGUUCUUCUGAGGAAGACAUCUGUUUCUCAUUAGCUGAUACUCAUCCACUGCCCCCCUCUGCAAAGGGGAACAUGAAGAAGUCCUUUCUGACGUGUUUACAUGAGGAAUGCUUGCUUUUCCACACUUGUUUUCUGUAAAUAUCACAACUGAUUUAUAUUACAGUAUUUUCUGCCUAUUUGCAGGGGAGAAAUCCUCUGCUCCAUUACUAAAAUCCUGCCCAUAAACCUCUCCAUCUUGACCUCUUCGAGCAUCCUUAAAGGUUUCCUGUGUGGAAGUAACAAUGAAUUUCCUUAGCAUUAGUUAGCAGAUAAUUCCAAGUGCAGUCUGGGCCAUUCUUCUGUUUCCUUAGGACACUGUCAUGAUCAGAAGUAGGGAUAAACCAGUGGGGUUUAACGCUUGGGUUACCGUGGAAGAUCUCCUUUUCAAACCCUAAUGAUAAGCUGCUGCUGUUUGUCUGGAAUUUUAACGCUGCUUGCUGGUUCAGUCCAAGAUGGAUUUGUCUACAACACAGGGCAUCCUGGCUAUGGAUUAAUUCACAUCACAGUGUUGUAUUUUAGACUCACGUGUUGGGAUUACAAUGCUCUAAAACCCAUUCUUGCACUGUGCCUAGGAUAAACAUCCAUUUAUAUGUCGGUUCCUUUUCAAGAUCACUUGUUUUAAUUAAUAUGGUACUUAAUACUGUAUUCUGUACAAACAAUUGGUUCUUAAACAGUACAGUCAAUAACUAUAUGUGUGAUAUCAGGAUACCCCUUUAUACUGUGUAUAAAAUGAAAUCUCUAGUGAAAUAAACUGUACAUAAAGUAUA